CAGCCAUUUUCGCUAGUUGUUUCCUUCUGCAGAUUAGUAGAAGAUAAAAAAUUAUUCCUAAUGUGGGAACCCUACAUGCCAGUGGAACCCGGCUUGGGCAGGGAGGAGAAUUUUCUUUCCUUGGAAGAUCUCUUAAUGUCACAGGAAAAACUACCUUGUUGUAUAGAAAGCGGCUUCCCUCGGCUCGGCUUCCUAGAUAAAGGUGGAGACAGUGACAGCAUCCCUGAGGGUAGCAAAAUGGAACUUCCACUAUGGUUGGCGAAAGGUCUUUAUGACAACAAAAGACGUGUACUUUCAGUAGAACUUCCAAAGAUUUACCGAGAGGGCUGGCGAACUGUUUUCAGUGCCGAUGCCAAUGUGGUGGACCUGCACAAGAUGGGACCUCACUACUAUGGGUUUGGCUCGCAACUUCUCAACUUUGACAGUCCAGAAAACCCAGAGAUUGCAAAGACAAUAUUGCAGACAUUUGUUGGACGUUUCCGUCGCAUUAUGGACUCUUCUCAAAAUGCUUAUAAUGAAGAUACCUCAGGGCUAGUGGCACGACUGGAUGAACUGGAACGCAGCCUGUUUAGGGCAGGCCAAAGAGGACUGAAUGCAUUUCAGAGCUGGGAAAGAGGAAAGGCUGCCCAGAUUACUGCCUCCAACUUGGUGCAGAACUAUAAGAAAAGAAAAUUUAAUGAGGCUGAUGCUUGAGCAGCAUAAUUUCAGUACAUUUUCGUGUAUUAUAAACCUUUGGUUUAGAAUUAAUAGUCGAAAGAUAUAGCCAGUAUGAAAUGGAAAUCUGGAAUGUCUUGCAGCAAUACUUGGCAGAUGUUAAGGUUUGGACUGUUGCUGAUACCUUUAGUACUGAAUUCAGCUGUGCUGUUUAACCCGCAGGGUUACAUGCUUUGUGCAGUAGCGGCAGUAUGUUACUGUUCAUAUGGAGUCUUCAGUAAACACCAUGUGGUACACAAUCUGGCCUUAUCCACUACAAAUGUAAUAACUAAAAUAUUCCAGUUUUUAAAUCUUCGCUUUAUAACUCUCCAGAUGCAAAAUUUCUGCAGUAAAGACUGACCUUGUCUCUUGAAUAUUAAAAAAUAAAUGUUAUGCAGUUGUAUUGGGGAUCUUGUGAAACAGUAGCUCAUUGAGAUGUUCUAUACUUAAACACAUGUUUUUUAUAUGUUAUAAAAAAAAGCCUAAAAACUG